AUGCCAGUGCCUGCUAUCCCGGCGUUUCCUGACAAUACCCCUACACACCCGCUGCUCGUCAUCGACUACGAGUUGCUCAAGAAUGGGGAUACGAUGGAGAUUGGGCGCUUGUGGGAUGCUGCGACGAAAUUAGGGUUCUGGUAUCUCAAGAACCAUGGCGCAGACGAGCUUGUGGCAGGAAUGUUUGAUCUAGGAGCGGAGACGAUUGCACUUCCUCUCGAAGAAAGGAUGAAGUUUGAACAAGGAGACGAUGGCCAGUCGUUUGGGUACAAGGCGGCGGGAGUGAACGCAGUCGACGCCAGCGGCGAACCUGACACCGUCGAAUUCCUGAACGUCGCCAAAGACGACGCUCUCGCCUGGCCCAAGCAGGCCCGUCGUGCGUACCCUCGCACCGCCAACGCCCGCAUGGAGUCCACCGUUGGCCCUUUCGUGCGCAAGUCGUUAGAGAUCAAUAAUUGCCUCCUGGAGAUCUUCAACGAGAAGCUCGGACUACCUCUUGGAUCGCUGAUGGAGCGGCACAAGAUGGAGGAGUUCAGUGGGAGCGAAACGAGGAUUACGAGGAACGCGCCGACAAUGAAUACGACGAAGCAAGUGAUCGGGAGCCACACCGACUUCGGGUCGCUCUCCUUCCUCCAUAACCGCCUAGGCGGACUUCAGGUUCUCGUUCCAGGAUCCGACAGCUGGCAAUACGUGAAGCCAAUACCUGGCCAUGCCAUCUGCAACGUCGGAGAUGCACUGGCCAUCUUCAGCGGAGGAAUCCUACGUUCCAACCUCCAUCGGGUCCUUCCACCACCAGGAUCUCAGGCCGGUCUCGAACGUUGGUCACUUGUUUACUUCACGAGACCUGGGAACUCGGUCGUCCUCCGCGCCCUCGUCGAGGAUAGCCCUCUCAUCGCUGAGGCGGUUGCGAAGACGCCCGAGAAGAACUACGAGACAGGAGCAACGGCGCUGGAGUGGUUCACGAGAAGAAUAAAGUACCAGCGAAUCAACAACCGGAAGGGCCCGGAAACAUGGAUGGCGAGUCGGGGUACGGAGCGUGUCGAAGCCUGA